CCCACAUCCAUCGUUCAGGUUCCACGGGUCAUCGUUUUACCUUGCCCAAGGAGAGCUCCGGGCCUGCAUCCUGUCUCGUCCGUCCUCGGCCGGACCAGCGUUCCGCGUCCUCGGAACAGGAACAGAUCAGUUCCUCAAGUGGGGAGCUACGCGUCCCGAUGCUUUAUUUGCAGCCAUGAUUUCUUAACAGUGUAUCUCCCAACGCUCCUUCCGGAUUUCACUCUCCUUGCCUCACCUCGCCCUCUCCUCCGGCGUUCCAAGUCCCGAAGAGCUUCCCUGUGUGUGAUACAGAAGCGAAGACUGUGUGUGUGUGUGUGCGGAAAGAGCAGAUAUCACCACCAUGGCAGGCGCAGGAGAGCAACAACACAGCGGGGGCGCAUACCGGCAGCACCUGCCUGAUCUGAGCACUCCUCGCUUCACCGAGAUGCAGAAGCAGGAUGCGCACGAGUACGCAAAGGCCUUCAAGGAAAGUGGCAACCCGCCGUGGCUGCACGGCUUGUACCUGCACUGGCGAAAGCUGUUCCAGGAGCCCUUCAGGGGCAUCACCAACGACGGCCGCGUCCGACCGGACCUCUUCACCCUCCAGGACGAGGGAAUGCCCAUCGAGCAGAUCGCCGCGGCGGCCGAUGCCCUCCUGGGGAAACUCUCCCCGCACCAGCGCUCGCUGGUGCAGUACCACAUCGACUCGCCCGAGUGGCGCUCCUGGUCCAACCCGGAAUUUCUGCUCUCCGACAAGGGCGUGCGGCUGGACGAGCUGCCGACCGAGACGCGCGACGCCGCCAUGGGCCUGCUCGCCGCGACUUUAUCGCCCGAGGGGUACGCCAAGGCCGUGGGCGCGAUGCGCAUCAACGGGUUCCUGGGCGAGCUGGUGCGCGCGCCGCGCGUGUGCAACGAGUUCUCGUACAACCUUGUCCUCUUCGGUGCACCCUCGGCCACGGCACCCUGGGGGUUUUCCUUCUACGGCCAUCACCUGUGCCUCAGCGUGUUCCUGUACAGGACCCAGGUGGUCAUCUCGCCCUGGUUCACGGGCGCCGAGCCGAACCUGAUCGACUCGGGCCCGCAUGCCGGCACGCGCAUCCUUGAGGAAGAGGAAAAGCUCGGCCUGAGGCUGAUGCGGUCGCUACCCGCCAACAAGCAGGCCCGGGCGCAGGUCUACAAGCUCCUCCGCGACCCGGCCAUGCCCCGCGGGCGGUGGAACCACGACGACCAGCGCCACCUGUGCGGCGCCUACCGCGACAACCGUGUCGUGCCCUAUGAGGGGGUGCUGGUGUCGGAGAUGGACGACGCGCAGAGGGGCCUGGUGCGCGCCAUAUUAGAGCAGUACCUGCUGUACCUCCCCGCACGGGCGCGCGGGAUAAGGCUCCGCCAGAUCGAGGAGUGGUUCCACGAGACGUACUUUUGCUGGAUCGGCGGUUUUGGUGAUGAGGAUGCCUUUUACUACCGCCUGCAAAGUCCCGUUGUCAUCGUCGAGUUUGACCAUCACUCAGGCGUCUUUUUGACGAACAAGGAGCCGGCCAAGUUCCACAUACAUACCCUGCUGCGGACCCCGAACGGCGGGGAUUAUGGGAUGGCCCUGAGGCCCUUGAUACCGGGCAUGGACCAGGGCUUCAUGUGGGAAGGUGAGAGAUGAAGUGGAGAUGAGGGGUGUUUAAUGUAGGUAGAUAAAUGUAGUAUGAAUAUCUAGGUAUUGUUACGAGUCAU